CUCUGGAGUGCGGGUAACUGAUACCUGCACUCAAGUUAACACACUGUGCAUGUAUAUGUUUACGAUUUAACUCUGACACUUUUUCAUUAGAAAGGUCCCCAAACUAUGAUACAACUUAAUUAAAAUUUCUUUAUUAAACACUAGAUCUUAAUGGCGACAAGAUGAGAUCCUUAGCAUAAGUAUUUCUUAAUUGAAAUGUUUUAAGUUCUUUGAUAUCUGUGUAUUACAUAAGUUUCUCUUUUAAAAAUGUUUUAUUCCAUAUUUUCUUAUGCGUAUAUAUUGUAAGUUUAUUAAAAUAAGGACAUCAAACAAUUAUAUUUAUUUAUGCCUACAAUUUCCUGACUUCAAUUUAUAUAUUAUAUAUUAUUCACGAAGUUUUCAAUUCAAAUAUUGCAGAAAUUUACACCACGUAUGGACGAACAAGUAGUGAAAACAAUUCGCACUGACAUUGGCAAACGAUUCCUGAUCAACAAAGCGGUUAUAAUGCGCCGGUUCUAUGUACCAGACAACUCGUCUCGAUCAGACGUCUACAAAAGCCUUGCAGAGAUAAUUCAGAUGUCAAAACCUUUACCAACAGGUGUCGCUUUAAGAAUCACAUACCAGAUUGCACAGACUCUCCAUGUUCUUCACAACAGCUCCCUGGUAAUGGGAAAGAUUGAGGAAAAUUCCAUAUUUAUUCAGCUUAAUGACAACAAGGUAAUCGGGAAUGUUCAACUACAGCAGGAACCUAUUCUUUGUAGACAAGAUAUAGAUACAUGUAUUGACAUGUAUAAUUUCGGAGCACUUCUUCGCUUACUUAUGCGUAUUUGCAAAACUUACGAAUCAUAAUACUCAUAAACGAGGGUAAAAGAGAUCACAAAGAAAUUCUGUAUGCCUUUGGAUCCGAUUAUCCUACAGAAAAUAUUUCUCCAUAUUUUGAUGUUUGAUUCUCUUCUUUUUGUUUGUGCGUAAUAAUUUUUCCAAGAAAAGUUUAUAAAAAGUUGUUUGUGAAGCUCGAUCAACAACCAUUCGAUCGUUCUAACAUUACUACUGACAAUCAGUAACUGGCUUCGAUAAGAUGUGGCGUUUUAUUGAACAUGCACGUCUUAUUACAUAAAUUUUGUGAAUUACUUUUAGUAAAGAGUGACAAAAAAUGUCAUACUUAGACUCACCAGUGUUUAAGGUUUUAACACUAGUUAAAUGGAUGAAAUUCAAAGAAACAAAAAGAAAAAAUGCUACAAAACGGGGGAUAUUUACAGACAGUAAGAUUAAUUACAUCUAUAUAAUGGGUUGGUCAUUGAAAAUCAUAUCAUAAUCAAAUAUUCAACCAUGGUUAUUUCAAUUUUACAUAUCUUGAUAUCGAAAAUUUAAAUACAAAAUGGUUUAGAAGACCUAAUUACUGUUGGAUUGGAUGUCCCAAGUGAUAUUUCUACUUAUCAUCAAAUGACAUUUCAAAUAUUGGAUUUUUACAUUAGACAAACUUAAAAAAAGGCAAACGAUAUUAAUAUUUCUGGAAAAACUUUUCUUAAUGGCUUUGCAAAUAUUUCAUUUUGCUAACGUGUUAUCGUACCAGUUAAUGUAUGUUGUCAAAGGUAUUAUUGUUAGGUAUCUCUCUUUCUAUAGUUUUCUUUUUAAUUGUUUCAAUUGUUGUAUGUUACUGUAGUGUUAUGUAUUUAUGAUAUAUUGCCAGUAGUCAUUCUCAUACUGUUUGUGUUUAGAGAUGUUAUUGUUAAUCGCUUUAGAAGUAAGAGAAACUUCUUAAAAUCACCAGCAUACAGCAUCCAAUCAUAUUCGUUGUUUGAGAUAGUUUAUGUCUUUAAACAUUUUUAUUGUGUGUUUAAUUUGGCUUUACGUCACACCGACACAUUAGAGGUCAUACUGGGACGUUCCGGGUAUUUUUAGAUAAUUUGUAUUUGAAAAAAUACAACGAUAUUAAGGAUAUUAAGGAGGAAUGAAAGCUAUUAAGACGGAUUGAAGGACUUCUUGUGUAAAGAUACGCCUCAUUAUACACGAUCAUUAACCAUAUCAUGUAUACUGAAAUUAUUGUAUGAGCUUUCCAUAUAAUUUGGAUUUUUCAAAAACAGGGCAUGUCUAUAUUUGAUUUACUACAUUUGCAUCACAAUAUCAGAACGUGAACAAAUGCUUGCAAUUUUGAAUACUGGUAAUACCAUUUUUUUCCCAAGAGAUCUUUCAGUUCAAGUGACACUAAAUACCGGUACCCUGUUUUUGCGUAUUUAUUUUUCAAAGACACUUAACGUCCGUUAUAAAAGAAUUGUGUUUGUGAUUUUUUCAUCGAAAUAGAUGGAAAGAAAAUUGUGAGUGUUGCUAACUUCUAAAUGAAAAUGUGUACCUUAACUGGCAAAUCAUAUAUAAAAUUGCAAGCAAAUUUAAUUCAGAUUUAGUAGUGUUUUGAGGUGAGUUGUUGGAGAAGAAUAUCGGAGGAACUUUAUGUUUAGCUCCUUAAAUUAUUAUUGUAGUAAUAAAUAUAAAUGAUGCAUACACUUUUUGUUGUCUUUGCUCGCUAAAAACGGAUAAUAAUUAAGCAACACACAGAAAAUGGAGAAUUCAAUGUAAGGAAUUUUGAUACUGCAUAUACGGCCGAUAUGAAAUAAAUAAAGACGGAUGUAUUUCUAUUUCGAAUCAUAAAAACAUUAUUGUAAAAUUAGAAACUUGGAAACGUUUAUAUUGUUUAAUUUUAUUAGAUAGUUAGGCAUGUGAAGGCAUUUUGAGGUACGGAGGGGUACAUGUUAUCUAGUGCGGUCCAUACCUCUGUCGUGGAUCAAGGGAGUUUGAAAUAAAUUGACAAAAGUUUUGAGCAUAAUGAGUCCUUGUUAUCCUAGCAAUUAUUAUAAUCAAUGCUUUACUUUGACAAUUAAAUUCAUAAUUGUUACUUAUUGCGCUUUUAUCUUUUCAGUUUUAUUCUCCAACACAGACUAAAGGGAGAAAUGCGUGCUCUUUAACUCUAAAAUUUA